ACUUCGUACGAAUUGCACGAAAAUUUUUAAAAUGAGAUCGUUGUAUUCCGAUACUCGUAGUAAUCGUACCUUCUACUGGUAAGUUACUCUCUAAAACCAUUUUUGUUUCUUACGGUACGUUACCGUAUCUACGGUAUGGUAUUGUAGAAUACGGUACGUACCAGGACGUAUGUGGGCUGGCUUCGCUUGGGUCCCCUGCCUGCGCUGCCUGGAUGGUUGACUAACCACAUCCCAAUCUACGGUAUGAAAUCAGCCCCUUUUAAAUUUGUUCCCCCAAUUCUUUUGCGGCCAUCAACACAUCACUAUCAACUCAUCCUUUGGCCGUCGAAUGGAAACGGUUCAGUGACGCACAAUCAAAAUGUCAGAGUUGCCUGCUACCUGUUACACGUACCGUACUUUUCCGUAACGUAUGGCUACGUACAAAUACUUUCCUACCGCUAGCGUAUUUAUUUGAUACGAUGAUAAAUAAAAGGCCGUCGAGGAAGAGUUUAGUUUUGUACAAUAGCUUCGUACAACAAUCGUACCGUACGGUUCACGGGAAGAAUCCUUUCUUUCAAUCGAAAUCGAAAAAAAAAACUCUCGAUUGGAACAAGUGAUCUCUCCGGUCGACGCUUGAACAAACACAGUCACGACACAAUUCACAACGCUUCCCAUCCCUGUCAAUAUACCCAACGCUUCACAUCAUAGACAACAAAAUGAAGUUCUCCCUCGCACUCUUCCUCCUCUCUGCCGCUACAUCGUCGGCCUUCCUCGCUGCCCCUAGCAAUAAGAGCGCACGAAUCUCGAGCACAAAUCUCUUCAUGGGCGGCGAAAUCACGCCAAAAACCAUCAAGGCCCUCCGAGACCUCACAGGUGCGGGUAUGAUGGACUGCAAAAAGGCCCUGACAGAAGCCGACGGCGACCAGGAUGCGGCUGCCGAAUUCCUGCGAAAGAAGGGGCUCGCGCAGGCCGACAAGAAGGCCUCCCGCGUCGCCGCCGAGGGGAAGAUCGCCAUUAGCUCAAGCGACGGGAAGGCCGUCAUGGUGGAGGUCAACUGCGAGACUGAUUUCGUGGGCAAGGAUGCCACCUUUUUGGCGUAUUGCGACCGCGUUGCGGGUGCCGCCGCUGGAGCUGAAUCCGGGAGCAUCGACGAUCUUAUGAACCAGGAGGUCGACGGAGAAAGCCUGGAGGCCACCCGACAGGCCCUCGUGUCCAAGAUCGGCGAGAACAUCCAGGUCCGCCGCUUGGAAUCGCGUGGCGAGGGUUCCACCACCGUGGGUGGAUACGUUCACAUGGGAACCAUUGGUGUCCUCGUCGAACUGGAGGGAGGUUCCGAAGAACUGUGCACGGACAUUGCCAUGCACGUCACGGCUAUGAACCCACCGUACGCCACCUCUGAUGAUGUUCCCUCCGACGUCCUCGACAACGAGAAGCGCAUCCUGACGGAGCAAGCCCUGGAGAGCGGCAAGCCCGAAGCGAUUGUUGAAAAGAUGGUUGAGGGACGAAUCCGCAAAUUCCUUGAAGAAAAAUGCCUCGUCUCGCAGAGUUUCGUCAAGGAUAGUGACAUGACCGUUCAGCAGUUGCUUGACAAGAACGAUGCCAAAAUGGUUGGAUUCAGUCGAUUGGUCGUUGGUGAAGGAAUCGAGAAGAAGGUGGACGAUUUUGCCGCCGAGGUUGCAUCGAUGGCGGCCGGCAAAUAGAUGUGAGGGCAGCCAUUGUCGAUCGAGCGUAGGUUCAAUCAUCACCAUCGCGCAUCGUAGGGUGCAUGAACUACUCGUACGUUCCGACUCGGGGAUUGCGAUGGACUGCGAUGGUUCUGUUUUGUUUAUUCAGGUCAUGAUGUUUUGCGUUUUCGUUAGGGGCAGACACUCGACGAACCUUCGAACGAAUCUAGCCAUGUAUGAUAGAAGUAACUGUUAAGUUUUAAUUU